AUGUUGAGGUUGUACAAAGUUCCCGUUAUUUACAAGUCGAUUAACAGAUGUACAAUAAGGGGAAUUUACUUUAGUACAAAUAAGCCUAAGGUUAAGGAGACCUCUGAGGAUUGGGAGGCUAAGAAUCAAAUUCUUCUGAACACAACUGCAAGUUUGCAAUCAGACAAUAACAAGAGUAAGUCGACUGACUCUCGGACUAAAAGGAAAGGAUCUCCUACGAAUUUAUAUUCUAAAGGUAAUAAACACCAUGAUUCACAAAAGCAGAAGACUAAUUAUAAAAACAAGGCCAGGAGGUUAGUUAUUCGAUGGACAACGGGAUCUGAGAGAGCCCAAGAGGCUGCAAAUGCAAUCGUUCAAAGAUUACUAAAGAUUAAUCAUAGAGGAACGGUUAAGUUUUUAAAUAAAGAAACGAAACAAUUGGAGGUUGGAAAUCUGAGAGGUUUUCUUAAAGGAAUCGAUUUAAAAGAAAAAGGUAUCUCAAUUGUGAAUAUUGAGAAAGAACAAAAUCAAAGCAUUCCUGUUGUAAAAUUAGUUGAGAGUAAAGUAGCUUUAAAGGCAUUUUCGGACGAACUAGCCAAGCAGAAGGCCAUUGAAAUGAGCACACUGGGUUUAAUGAGUAAGAAAUAUCUGACCUCGCAGGAAGGAGAAAAGAAGGAGGCUAAUACUCUGAAGCAGAUAAAGAUAUCAUGGCAUAUAACAGAUGAUGAUUUAUGUAAACAAAAGGCGCAUGAGAUCACUAAUUUACUAAAGAAAGGUUUUAAAGUUAACAUAUAUCUUGACGACAAGAAAAAUUGUGAGUCUACAAAUUGGCUGGAAUUUUUUGAGGACAUAGAAAAGAAUACCAGUAAGGCAAAGAUCUCUAACAAAGAAUCAGUUAUUAGAAAGAAUGUAUUCGAAACACUUUUGGAAAUUGUUGGCGAAUAUUCAGUCAAGCCUACAAUGGAGGGAAAUUUAGAAACACGAAUGUUACUGAAAUUAAGCCCAAAACCAUCACUCAAAGAUACGACAGAUAUUCGAAAGCUUAAAGAACAACGGAAGAAGGAAAGGCAAGAAAAGUUGUUAAGAAGAAUAGAGAAGAAGAGAGAAAAACAAGAAGAAACUGUAUGA